AGCCGAACGCAAACGGACGAAUUCUUUAAUGAGUGAUAUCAAUAAGUUGUACUUUUGGCGUCCAUUGUUUCUGCAUUAAUUAGCAAUGUUAUACGAUUUGAGCAAGUCAACAUUUGUGCUAAUAUUUCUAUACAUCUUAUGCUUGAAUUACAUCACCUCAGCUGUUGCCUAUCCAUGGCAAGCGAAUCAUGAGGGUUACGAUGCCAGCCUGGAUCCGGUGAUAUGGUCGCGCGCAUUUGUUAAAGAUAACAUACGCAGGACGAGACAAUUUCCUGCUUUCCCACCUUCGACUGGCGAAAAUGAUGAUAUUCAAUUGAAUAAUCGUUUUUAUGAAUUCCAACAACGUUUUAUCGAUUCUAAUCGCGCUGCUAGCGGUAUUCUACGUGACGAAACACAUCGGGCGGAAAAUUAUCUUAGCCAAAGUCGUUCAACUGCCGUGCGGCCUCAACAUGCUUGGAAUAGUUCAAUUGAGCUGGCUGAGCCUAGAACACGCAGUAAUCGCAAGUCGACUUUAAAUCGUUCGAAAACACAAACUAGAAGAAAACGUAAUCACAUGCGUUAGAUGCGCGACCGUUAUACAAUACUAUCUACAUAUAGUAUGUAAGAAAAUUCCAUGUGCUGGGCGGAAAAUCAAACUUUUGUACUGGUUUUCUAAAUAACUUAAAUAAAGUAUUUUAGCUACGUAAGUGAGAUUCGAAGUGUGUAGGUGAAAUGUAUUUUAAAAGUAUUAAAUCAGCUUUAAAAUGAUGAAAUAAAUUAAUAUAAAUUUAAAGGUGACAAGAUAAAUUUUUGUUCAUUUAAUAAAAAUUCAGUUAAAUCAGUUCUGAACGAAAUGAGAGUGUCAAAAUGUUUUUAUAUGAAAAUUAUAUUAUAUAUACAAUAAUAGCUUCCUACCCUUAUA